AUGGAGUUGUCCGAAGAGAGGCCGGAAGGGGCCCAAGAUCCUGUGGAAACUGAGGAGAAAACGGGCUUGGAGGUGCCCGAUGUCUCCGAGGCAGGGAACCCAGACGGUGUGGGGCAGGAGGAUAUGGCUUCGACUGCCCAGCCGUCGGAAGGCGCAGAGCGCGGCGAGGCCGCGGAGACUGAGCCGGGACGCAUGGAGGAGGCGGGGGAGGCGGAGGAGGCGGAGGAAGCGGAGGAGGCGGAGGAGGCGGGGGAAGCGGAGGAGGCGGAAGAGGCCGAGGAGGCCGAGGAGGUCGAACGCGCCGAACAGUACGAGGGAGAAGCCGACGAGGAUGAAGAGGAGGCUGUGGAGGAGGAGAUGCCGUCGACCCUCUCGGACGCCGGAGAGACCAGCACGGGCGGAGUUCCGGAGUCAAUUGAAGGCCGCCACGAGGACUGGGUACCGGGCCGGGAGAGCGACGAGUUCCUGGAUUCCCACGAGAGGGACGAGGACUUAUACGAACAGGAAGAGGAGGCCGAGGAGGCUCUCGAUGAGGAGGAGCUGAAGCUCCAGGAGCAGCAGCUGCGCAGCGAGCUCAUGGAGCAGUAUCGCGGGCUGCUUUCGGAGCGCAACCGGAUCCACCAGUACAACAUCCACCUGCAGCACAAGAUCUCCCACGCCCUGCGCAAGAAGAAGAGCGCUGAACCCGGCGUGGAGGUGGCGGAGAAGACCGCCUCGGAGCAGGACACCCCCGAGAAGGAGCAGGCCUACCAGCGCUACUUGAGCUCGUUGGAGGAGCUCAAGAAGCAGCACAGCGAGGACGUGGAGUGGUACCAGCGCGAGCUCGAGCAGCUGCGGCAGCACUGCCAGGAGAAGCUGGCCCAGGUGGAGAAGGAGUGGAAGACCUUCCAGGCCCUCAAGAAGCAGGUAAUGCUGCAGGCCAUGGGCAGUUGCCGUGUGACGGGCGGCAAGCCGGCGGCCCAGCGCGAGGUGGAGCAGAUCCAGGCCAACGAGGACCGCAAGGAGAAGGAGAUGAGUGCUGUGCGCCUGGAGAACGUGCAGCUCAAGCAGUGCCUGGCCCACCUGGAGGCCAGGAUGAAGGCACAGGAGGAGAUGACAGAGGGACUGCACCUCAUCGACUUCGAGCAGCUCAAGAUAGAGAACCAGACCUUCAAUGAGAAGGUGGAGGAACGCAACGAGGAGCUCCUAAAACUGCACUACAAAGUCACCAGCAACGUCCAAAUAAUCACCCACGUGAAGGAGAAAUUACAGUUUGUGGAAUUGGGAAAUUUGCGCCUCAAGUCAGAGCUUAUGGAUAUUGAUGCUCAGGUGGCCCAGAAGAGGGACAUCUUGACCAAGACUAAGAAGGCCAGAGACAGCCUGCGAGUUGAUAAUAUCAAGUUACAUCAGAAGUGUGGACUUGUGGGCAAAGAAAUGCUCCUUCUGGACCUGGAGCAAAAGGUGGAACAAACCGAAUUGCUCAGCCAGCGGCUAGAAACACUUAAACGCCAGCAUGCGGGGCUGACACUCUCUUGCAAAGGACUCAAACAGAAAAUAAAGGAAUCCAAAGCGUUCCUACCAUCCUGA